CAAAAGCCAAUAAUGUCUAAGCCUCAUGCGGUGUGCAUUCCAUUCCCGGCGCAAGGCCAUAUAAACCCUAUGAUGAAACUGGCCAAGCUUCUACACCACAGAGGCUUCCACAUAACCUUCGUAAACACCCACUUCAACCACAACCGUCUCCUCAAAUCCAGAGGCCCUCACUCCCUCGACGGCCCGCCCGAUUUUCGCUUCGAAUCGAUCCCCGACGGCCUUCCGCCGACGGAGAGCAAAGCCGUCGCCACGCAGGACAUCUUGUCUCUCUGCAAAAGCAUCCCAAAGUACUGCUUGGAACCUUUUCGGAAGCUUCUCGAGAAGCUCAGCAACAACAGCUCGAGUGGUGUUCCUCCGGUGAGUUGUAUCGUUUCCGAUGGCACUAUGGGGUUUGCGGCUGAGGUUGCGGAAGAACUUGGAGUACCUGUUGCGCAUUACUGGACCAUUGGUGCCUGCAGCUUCAUGGGAAUUCUACAUUAUCGGAAACUAGUUGAAAAAGGUCUCGUACCAUUGAAAGAUGAGAGCUAUUUGGCAAGCGGCUAUUUGGACACAACUUUAGACUAUAUUCCUGGCAUGAACAACAUUCGACUGAAGGAUCUUCCUACAUUUAUACGCACCACUGAUCGAAAUGAUUAUAUGUUAAAUUUUUGUAUAGAAAUUGCUGAGGCAUCUGCUAAAGCUUCUGCUAUUAUAUUUAACACUUUCCACACAUUUGAGCACAAAGUCUUGGAUGCUCUCUCGUCCAUGUUCCCAUGUCCAAUUUACAUUGUAGGCCCCAUCCAUCAACUUGUCGAGAAAACUCAACCAAAAAUUUUGUCUUCCAUCCAAUCUAAUUUGUGGAAAGAAGAGACUGAAUGCCUGGAAUGGCUGAAUUCAAAGCAAGCCAACUCAGUAAUCUAUGCCAAUUUUGGCAGCAUCACCGCCCUGACCCCUCAACAACUCAUUGAAUUCGCUUGGGGUUUGGCCAAUAGUGGGAAACCAUUUGUUUGGGUUAUAAGGCCAGACCUUGUUAAUGAAAACUCAGUGAUUUUACCAAUUGAGUUUGUGGAAGAGACAAGAGAGAGAAGUGUGAUUUGUAGUUGGUGCCCACAAACAGAGGUUCUGAACCACCCUGCAAUUGGAGGUUUCUUAUCGCAUUGUGGUUGGUACUCGACACUCGAAAGCUUAAGUGCCGGAGUUCCAAUCAUCUGUUGGCCUUUCUUUGCUGACCAACAAACUAAUUGUUGGUUUUUGUGUUCUGAUUUGGGGGUUGGAAUGGAAAUUGACUCAGAUGUGAAAAGAGAUGAAGUGGAAAAACUUGUGAGAGAGUUGAUUGAUGGAGAGAAAGGAAAGGAGAUGAGAAAAAAGGCCAUGGAGUGGAAGAGAACGGCGGAGGACUCAACUGAGCCUGGUGGUUCUUCUUUGGUGAAUUUUGAUAAGAUGAUCGCAGAGGUAUUGGUUCCAUUCUCAAAACCCUAACUUUUCUGCAGUUGGUUCGGCUAAUUCAAGUAUUAUUAUUUUGAAAUGACUACUGUACAAGUAUUGGGUGUCUAGAGUACUGUGUAUGUUUGGUUAUAAGAAUCAAUGAACUUUUGAUGAGCUACGUAAUUA